UCAAGAAUUGAGUUUGGUGCUGAUUCAAAUUGUCUGCGAGCACAUUUAAAAUGUGGUUAAUACUAAUAUUGUUACUGCUAGGGUUGCUAGCGUACCUGGACACGCGAAAGCCUAAAAACUUUCCGCCAGGUCCGGCGUGGUUGCCAUUCGUAGGGUGCGCUUUGCAACUGUACAGGCUCCAUUUGAAGACGGGACACCUGACGAAAGCUACGCAAGUACUUGCGGCGAGGUAUGGGUCUCUGGUGGGAACGCGCGUUGGACGGGAGCAUUUGGUCUUCGUUUGCGGAUUAGAGGCGAUCGAGGAAAUGUUCACCAGGGAGGAGUUCAAUGCCAGACCUGACGGAAUAUUGGCAACGAGUCGGACUGGAGGCCGACGCAGGGGCAUUCUAUUCACCGACUCAAAACUCUUCCAAGACCAAAGGAGGUUUGUACAGAAACAACUGAAGGAGUUCGGAUUUCGUAAGGAGGUAAUGUCCGAAAAUAUCGACAGAGGAGCGCGAGCAAUAAUCGAUGACGUGAAAAAGAAAACGAACCGAAACGGAGUAGUUGCUGUUAACAGUUUGUUUGCCGAACAGCUUUUGCAAACGACUUGGGCCUUACUCGCGGGGAACGAGAGUUUCCUGGACGAUUCCGAAGUACGCGAAUUGCACAGAGCGAUGGAGAAUUUUUCUCGAUGCGCCACCGUAUCAGGUACGGCUUUUAGUAACUUUCCGUUUUUGAAACGGAUCUGUCCCGAAUAUUGCGGAUAUAAUGCGUACGUGAAUGCCCAUAAGAAUAUCCUGGAAUUUGCAAGGCGAAAAAUACAUGGCUUGAGAAAACCUACCGUGCGUCUUAGCCUAAUCGGAGCCUAUCUAGAGGUAUUGAGUGGCCCAGAGAAAACGGACAACUUCGAUGAAGAGCAAUUGCUAGCGAUUUGCCUGGAUCUCUUUCUGACGGGUUUUGAAACUCUCCAGCACGCGUUGGAAUUUGCGAUAUUUUACCUCGUACUUCAUCCAGAUGUUCAGCGAAAGGCCCAAAAGGAACUUGAUGGGGUUGUUGGAAGUGGGAGACUGCCUAGUUUAGAGGACAAGCCACGGUUGCCCUACAUAGAGUCUAUAACCAUGGAAACGAUAAGAUUGUAUGGGGGUAGAUCAUUUCUUGUACCACGACGGGCGACGAGAGACACCACGUUUAACGGUUACUUUAUUCCAAAGGGUACCAUUUUACUUGGAAGCCUGAGGUCGGUAUUUAUGGAUCCGAACGGCAGAUGGGCAAAUCCAAGCGUUUUCGAUCCUGAACGUUUUCUAAAGGACGGCAACUUAAACGUGCCGAGCGAUUUCAUACCGUUCGCUUUGGGAAAACGAAGGUGUCUCGGCGAAAUUUUGGCAAGGGCAAAUCUGUUCCUAAUCUUGGCUUGUCUUCUUCAGACGUUCAAUUUUAAAGCCGUUCCGGGGAACCCGCCGAAGCUCGAGAUUAUAGAGAACCUUAGUCCGACUCUGAAACCUUUUAAAGCUGUUGUCAGUUUAAGAAAGCCGGUAAAUUAA